AGGUUCAGUGGCGUUUCCCAGACAAUUAAUUUUGAUUCAAACUUUCCGUACCUAAUCAAAGUUCGAAGGUCACGUUAAAAGUAAAAAUAUGUUAUCUUCCUUUUUUAAGACGUAUUUGAUGAGUAAUGGUUGUUAUGUAACAGCUUUUGCAAAAAAAAGAUGUACAAGUAAAGUUGUGGAAGUAAAUACCCAUUAUGUGUAUAAUGACUUAUAUUGAUGUAACUAUUAAAUUGAAAUGUGUUUUGUAUAAAUUCAGUGAUUCCAAUUUUAAAUUUUCUGGCAGCGAUGAUGUGUAUUUACAAAAGUUAACUAGCCUUUUAAUCAGUCAAGGCAAUGUCUGGACAGGUGACGGGGACGCCCAGGAAAGGCGGCAGCUCUGCGCGGAGUGGCUGGAGCACGUGGCCCACGCCUGGGCGGGCGCCCCGCCCCACCCGGGCGUGGCCGCGCUCGCCCUGCGGCUGGCCGGGGUCGUCGCCGGGGACCCCCGGGGGUUCGCACGCCUGCGGGGCUCCGGGACGCUGGACCGCCUCGCGGGCUGCCUCGGCCCGCAGGUCGACUGUGACGGGCCCGUGACGCUGGCGUACCUGUCCCUGCUGUCGGGGCUCCUGGGGCACGACGAGGGCUGCCGCUGGAUCACGGACACGGACGUGUGGCGGGCGGUGAUCAGGCGCGCGCUGGAGAGCCGCAGCGCGCGGGUGCGCGGCGACAGCCACGAGGUGGUGGCCCGCCUGGUGGCGCGGCUGCAGGCCCGGGGGGACCUCGGCCGGUGCCGCGGGAUCCUGAACCACGCGCUGGUGCUGCUGGAGCUGGCGGCGGUGAACAGCCGGGGGGCGGCGCCCCGGGAGGACGACGAGGCGCUGGCGCAGGCCGCCGCGCCGCUGCUGUGCCGCGCGCUGGAGGCCGCCUCGCUGGGGUGCCCCGCCACGGCCACCGCCACGCUGCCGACGCACCACGACCCUGAGCAGCUCGCCUGGCAGCUCGUGAGGCUGCUGGACGACGAGGCCGGCCUCCCGCGGUUCCUCCGCCUCCUGGUGCUGCUCUACUUCGUGCUCUUCCGCCAGAUGUCCGCCAGCGGGGGCAGCCCCGCCGCCCACGCCGCCUGCUUCAAGGCCAAGCUGUUCACCGUCAUCUCCUACCUGGUCUCCAAGUCCUACGUCAACUCGAUCUUGUAUGUGGCGUUCGAGUGUCAACUUUACUUCCACAGGUUCGGCAUGGGCGGUGUGGAGUUUGAGGACGGGCCGAAACUCUGCGAGCUGAAGGAUCAGCUGUUGCUUUUUCUGGUGUGCCCCAUCCUCUUCUACGAGAGAGAGUACAACACUUCAAACGACUUGUUCCUGUCGGACUUCAUCCAGAAGUUGUUCGACAAAGCGUGCGAGGAUGCGGUCAGGUUGGGAUACGCCCUGAAGGACGUCUGUCUGGCGGAUGAGAGCAUGAGCCCGGAGUACGCGAAACGGGCCAUCGUCUACCUGCUGCAACUGCAGGAUUGCUUGGACAAACCCCAGGGCCCGUGCUGUGCGCAGGAGCAGGUGUCUGUCGUGUGCCAGUCGCUGAUCCACGCACUGAAGACCUUCGCCAGGAGGCCCCCGGAGGAGCACUCGGCGCAGAGCCACGGCGAGCUGUCGCACAUCCUGGACGCGCUCGCGCGCCUGCUGGACCGAUUCCAGAUCUCGUGCCGCGACACGCUGGAGUGCGCCGACCUCUUCUCGCACGUCGCGACGCUGCUGCGGAACCCGCUCCUCCCGCCCCACGUGGCGGUGCGGGCCCUGGGGCUGAUGCAGGUGGCGGUGCGCAACCACCUGCCCCCCAACCUGGCCCUGCUGGUGGACACGGUGAGCGGCUCCUCGCUGCAGGAGCUGGGGCCCCUGAUGCAGCGCCGGCUGCACGACCCCAGCUGGGACGUGCGCGACAGCACGCUCGAGCUGCUGCGCACCGUCACCGAGGUGUCCCGCGCCGGCUUCCCGUCGUUCCAGGAGCUGGUGCUGGAGAGCGGGCUGUGCGAGCUGGCGCUGGCGGCGGCCGCGGGCGACGGGGAGAGCUACGUGCGGGCGUCCGCGCUCAAGUGCCUGGGCACCAUGGUGCGGGUGCCGCGCCUCUGGGACGCCUGCCUCGCCUCCCGGGAGCUGCCGAGCAUGAUGGUCUCCAUCCUGGGUGAGGAGAGCGAGGGAUUGGUGCGCACGGAAGCGGCCCGGCUGAUGACGGAGCUCUACUGCUUGCACGGGGCGUCGCAGGGGCGGGUGUUUGCGGCGAUGGCGGCCGCCGCCACGAGCGACCUCUACUGGGAGGUGAAGCUGGGCGCGCUCUGCUUCUGGGAGAAGGUGAUCGAGCAGCGGCUGGGCGACCAGGGCAUGAUCGACGGGCGCUUCCCGGCCGUCACGUUCUCCCGGGAGGACCGCAAGAUCGUAACGCUGACGGAGGGCGAGGUGCGGGCGCGCAUCGGCCGGGCCCUGGAGGAGCUGGGCCGGCUCGGCUGCCUGCAGGUGCUGCUGUCGGCCGUCCACGACUGCGACCUGGAGGUGGCCCGCAAGGCGGCGGCCGUCGCCGCGUCGCUGUCGAGUCUGCUGGCGCACCACGGCCUACUGCCAGCGAGCGAGCACGGCCAGGCGCGGCCCGCCCGCCGGGAGGAGACGCAGCGCGUCGCGCGGGCGCCCGGGGGCUCCGUCACAGGCACGCUCCACGCGUCGGACAGAGUCAUCGAGGGCAUCGUCCGCGAGUCGGACGUGGACCUGCUGUCGCGGGUGUUUGCGGACCGGGCGAGCGUGGCGGCCGUCGCGCCGAUGGCGGCCCGGGACUUCCUGUCGGCCCUGGGCGCGGUCGACCUGCGCCAGCUGGUGUCGGAGCGCGCGCGCUGGCUGGACGACUGCGGCGAGGGCCUGGGCUGCCUGCUGGACGACAUACUGCUCGCCCACGGGGACCCCGGCGAUUUCGUCGCCGACUGUUACUGACUGUCGGGGCUCACGUGUCCCGGCUGGAGCAGCGGCUCACGGUUCUCGACGAGCCAACUGACAGCCACCCUGAUCCAUGGAAGUGUACAAGACUGUGCAAUCCACAUAAAACGAAACAAUAACGAUUCACUUGCCAGCAAAAAAAGAGCUCUGUCGUCUCGAGCAUUACGACCAAUGCAAGAGUCAAGUUCUUCCGAAGUUCAAACACUCUGGUACAAUUUCUAUUUCUGUACUACAGAGCUAAUCGCAUUUGCAUUCAAAAUGACAUCAUCCCCCCCCCCCCCCCCCCCCCCUUUUUUUUAAGGUUGUUUAUAAUUUACCAGUUGGGUCUGGAAAUAUUGCUGGUGAAAUAAUUCCCGGUCAUUUCAACACCUUUCAAUUAUAUUAUUUACAAUAUUUUAAUAUCACAGGUUUUAACGUUUUUACAUGUAUAGUAAGCAAAAUAAAACAUAAUAAGGAG